AUGGUCAAGGGCGAUUCGCAGGUCGCUGGUGUCAUCACCUUCACCCAGGAGAAGGAGGGCGCGCCGGUCACUGUUUCCGGUGACAUCUCUAGCCUCGACGCUAACGCCGAGCGUGGCUUCCACAUCCACGAGUUCGGAGACAACUCGAACGGGUGCACCUCCGCCGGCCCCCACUUCAACCCUCACGGCAAGAACCACGGUGGACCCGACGCUUCCGAGAGGCAUGUCGGCGAUCUCGGUAACGUCAAGACUGACGGUUCCGGCACUGCAGCUGUCAAGAUCACCGACUCGACCAUCUCGCUCUUCGGCCCGUACAGCAUCAUCGGCCGCUCCGUCGUCGUCCACGCCGGCACCGAUGACUUUGGCAGGGGCGGGCACGCCGACAGCUUGAAGACUGGUAACGCCGGUGGCCGUGCUGCUUGCGGUGUCAUUGGUCUUGCGGCCUGA